AUGGCUAACUUCAGCGUACUUUCGGGAAUCUUGCUUUACUCUCAAAGUUCGGCAUCUUCCACGCUUCAUCAAGCGUACAUUGAUCAAUCGUCUUACCAACUCGGCCUCUCAUCUGUGAAUUCGGGCGCCGAUCCUCAGACGGUAAGUCCGAUCACUCCGAGUCCAUACGCUGUCGCCAUAUUCCUCGGCACAGAGUUCGACGCAGAAGACUCCGACGAAGACAACUCAGAUCGGUAUUAUGUCGGGGCCCGCACACUAGUCUAUCAGCUACUUCAUGCACCCAGUACAAAGUUUACAAGCCCGGUAUCUGUCGUAAUCUUAGCCACGCAGGGAGUGCAUGAAAGCAAACGACAGCGACUACGAUUAGAUGGCGCGGCUGUUGUCGAGAUUGAACGAUUGGAACACUCUAUCGAUAUUGAGGUCCCUUUUUACCAUGAAGUGUUCGAUAAGCUUCCAGCAUUUGAUCCAGCCGUGAUGCCUUUUGAGAAAGUCGCCUUGCUAGACGCGGACAUGGUGAUUACACGACCACUCGAUGCACUGUUCCAAGAUACCAAUACCACUCACUUUCCGGUCGAUACGAAUUCGACAAAAUUGCCCGCACCAGAUUUACCCGAGCUUCCAGAGAGAUAUGCUCUAGCAGCGACGCCAGAUAUUCCAGGUCGGAAUCCCGUCUUUCCUCCGGACGUCGACAACGAGAAGAACCGUGAUUAUUUCAAUGCCGACGUGAUAGUGUCCUCUCCCACCAAGAAGCUUUUCCAAUACUAUCUUGCGCUCCUUGGUCGACCUGAGUUGUUUGGCCAUUGGUUACCUGAGCAGGAUCUUCUUAAUCUUGCUCAUCGCUGGGAUGGACCGAUGCCUUGGAGACAGCUUGAUCUCUCGUGGCACUUGAUCCUUCCUACCGAAGCGGAUUUUAAUGCUGGCAUGGCUAUUCUUCAUUGUAAAUAUUGGCAGCCUGCUGGGGACCCGUGUCAUCAGACGGCUCUUGCGCGGUGCUGGCAAAUGCAGGGGUACUGGGAGGGAAGAGAAGGCUCAAAAGCAGGAAGGUGA